UUGGCAUUAUUUCCGCUGGCUAUCCAACACGGCUCGAGCGCACGUUCUCGCUCGCCGUUUGCCAUGCUCGAGCGCAUGUUUGCGCUCACGGCUGUAUUAUUGCCUGACGACGGCCGGCUCUCGUUUCUCGCUCGCGCGCGUCGGUCUGCUGCGAGAUCGGGAAGAGAGAUAACGCUUCGCGCUCUAUCCCUGUUUCCCGCGCCAUCCCGAAUACUGGAUGUACGAUUUUCAGCACAUGGUAGUCCAUAUUAUGCUCCCGAGAAGUUGAAUACGGUUAUAGCGCAACAUACGAAGGAAAUCGAACGGAAAAUGGAAGCGGAUAUCUUGUUGAUGAACAUUGACGAAUGCCUAUUUGAAAAACUUUACUGUAACAAUUCCUGCCGCAAUUUCUUAAAUGCAAGUAUUGUUCCAUAUGCCGUUUAUACCAAUACUAGUUUGUUUGUCGGUGUUAGGACAGUCGUAGAUCCGCAGUGCCAUGUAGCGGAACCCAUCGUUUGCUUGAACGGUGAUACACCUCUGGCAGAACGAUGCGAAUGUUCGCCUGGUUUGGAAGGGCCGAGAAGCGAACUGUUGGGUAUUGGUUUUUACAGAGAUGGUUGGGCUAUAAUGCCAUUGCCGGGUCAAGCUUGCGACGACUCACAUUUAGAAUUGGAGAUAACGCCACACGUGGAUAAUGAUCUUGUAUUUUACUUCCUAUAACUUAUAAUUCGAAACUUGGAAUUCAGGAUUUUAUGUCUCUGAAACUUCAACAUGGUUUCGCCGUGUUAUACAUUGAUUACGGAACGGGAACUGUAAGGCUAGAUCAAAAACAAAUCAAAUUGACGGACGCAAGAGUCAUAGAAUAGACAUUUACUGGAAGAAAACUUCCAUAGAGAUGAUAGUUGAUAAGUGCGGCAUAUCUGCAUGUAUGAAUCUCACUGCGCCGCAAGGUACCAACGAAUUUUUAAAUGUUAACAGUUCGAUGCAAAUAGAUGGUACACUGUCUAAUUUAAUACACUUAGCAGCGAACUUAGAAUGGGAUUAUAAAUCAACUGACAAAGGAUUUGUUGGUUGCAUACGCAAUAUGACAUUCAACAGAAAUACAUACAAUCUAGGAAUACCAUCAUUGUCUAGAAACGCAGAUCCUGGCUGUGAUCAUGGCAUGACAAAAGCAAUAUCAUUCGAAAUUGAUACGAACUAUAUAGUAGCUAUUUUGGUUUGCGUAUUGAUUUUGUUAAUAUUGCUUGUGGCGGUAGUUAUGCAUAGAAGAAAAACGGAUUACGAGGACAAAGGAGGUGCUGAAGAUUAUGUACAGGGUUAUGAUUUGGAUAUCUUGAAAGCCAUUUAUGAUGCAUCACCAAUUGAUUCAAAGAUAGCUCCAGUUGGCCUACAGGGUAGAGGUUCGUACAAUAACGGCUGCAGAUAUUAA